AUGAUUCCUGACGCUCUGCAGCCAGCAGCGCUGCUUGCUCAGCCGCAAGCACUGGCUUCCCAUCUCCGCACUCUUCUAGAUGCCGACCAAUCGCUCGAAAACCUCACCUUGAUCAACACGUGCAUUCUUGACCAAGUCCACACAGAAGCAAUUCCCCCCUUCGUUUACAAGAUCUGGCUACAGUUGACAUGCCAGUACACGUGGCAAUUCACCGUCUCCGCCCUGCGCGAUCCAUCCCACAGCGUCCGUGCUGCCGCCAUCUACGUCGCCCGACGCCGUCUAUUCCGCGGCAGUGUUUGGAAAGAACGUGGAUGGGAUCUACUCGGGGGCGCGCAGGGAAUCAAAGACAUUCUUGAUGACCUGCCACUGGCUGAAGUGAAAUGGCUUGUCAAGGUGAUUUUCGGACGCUGUGGCGCAGGCGGCCCCUCCGACUGGGAUAGGGAGUCGGUAUCCGUCUGCGUCGAGGAGUUCCUUGCGCUUGUUGAGAACACCGAUCGAUGGACUUCGAGAUCGCUAAUGCCACAUGUGUCCUUCUUGUACGCGUAUUGCAGGGCAGAAAAAGUUGACCAACUGCUUCGGUCGCAGUCGCCAUUGUCCUCCGCGAUUCUCGGUUACCUUCCUCGCUUCCACAUGCCACUACUGCGACGGAUUGCGAUUGGAGCGGUCGCGAUGCCGGAAAACGUGCGACGUGACAUCCUCGAACGGUGCCGACGCUCCCUGCUCAGCUCGAAGGAAGCAUACGAGCCCAUCUACUACCAGGACCAGCCCUCGGCGAUAUCUGGGUUCCCCGGGCUAGUGUUCGGCAUGGAUCUUGUCAUCGCCAUGGAAAAGGAGCCAGAACAGUACAGCCGUUACGAGUACGGUCAAUGGGUGAAGGCAAUCCUUCAACAAGUGAUUCGCAAAUUACUGCCUUUCGAAUUGGUCCUUGCCAUAUUCAACCGAGCCCUACCAACUCUUCAACCUCCCGCGAGAGCACAGUUUCGCAAAAGCUCCCGUUGGCUUUCAUGGGACUUCUAUAAGGACGUGGUGCAGUUUUGGUCAAUUGCACGUUUUGGUCAGGCAAAGGAUGCUUAUGGGGACGUGAUAGCGACAUUCAUAAAACGGCGGCGCACCAAGCCACUCUCGGUGCACCUGGGACCUUUGGAAAAAUGCCUAAUCCAGCACCUGCUGCAAAAGAAGGACGACCGCUUGGACGUCCACCAACGAAGCCGGGACACGUUCUUUAGGACCAUAGGACAGCUUGUCUCGUACGUAGACCUGAAAGGCAGGUUGGAGUUUCUGCAUUUGCUCUGCCGGCACUCACCGAGCCUGGGCUUUGACCUCACAGCCUGGCCGCCGUCUCAAAGAGAGCAAGAGCUUGUCCCAGUCUGGGAUUUCAAGUUCCUGAAGUAUAGUCUGCGCCCAGAACACUCGAAACUGCUAUUCAGCCGAUCACUGCAUAUCCAUCGCUGCGAGGACUUUCUUCCCGCCGGCGAACCACGGUCCGGUAUCCCGUCAUGGGAAGAACAAUGCUUCUUUUGGGCAGAGUGGGAAUCCUCCGAACCCGAAGAAACCGGGUUCCGCGUGACCAGGAAAGCUCUGGACGAUAUGAAACUGAAGUCGAUGCGGGGACGCCAGCCGCACGAGAGGCUGCAGUGGGCGAAGUCGGUGGUGAAACUCGCGGACACGGCCGGGAAUCUGGAUUUCUUUGCGGAGAUACUUGAGUGGAGUAAACGAUAUAUACGGGACGCACUGGUCUUUCGUGAUUUACUAGGCGUGAUAACGACGAGUUGCUGCGGACACAUGCUUUCGUGCCGAACUGCCUUGAAAGGAGAAACGACAUCUGUGCUGGAAUUGAAAUCCUGCCUGCUGCGAGAGGCGCAAAUCGGCCAUAAGAUCUUGGAAGACCUCUUACAAACAUGUUUACUUCUUCUCCGAGAACCAUGGGCCCAGUCAUCUAUGGCGAAAAUGACAGCGGGGAUAAAAGGUAUGCUUUCGAGCGUGGUCGGUAACAGGAUGAACGCAGUCAGGAAGUGGUCACAGCCCUGCGAUGAACGCGCAUCGAUCCCGGAAACUGAGGCAGUUGAGAUACUCCUCGAGCCUUUACUACCUAUACUGCUGAGAUACGAGCGAGAAGGCAACACAAAGGGUCAGACCAGCGUCAAGUGGACUGGCCCGUCCGGGUUGCUGGUUCUGUCUAGUUGCCUGCCCGACGAUCCCAAUCCCGGGGAGCUAUCAUUCGUCGAUCGAUUGGCAAAAGCACGAGACGAAGUCUGGCAGCAGCUUCGCGCUGAGACUGAUCCAAGUGUCCUUGAUCUAGGAUUAGGGUGGCCCCGCGGGCUUGCAAUCCAACAUCUAGUUAGCAGCCCGGACUGGCUAGGCCAUGUUAUGAGGCGGCCGCACCACGCACCCUUCCUGUCAUCCAGAGCCAACGAGGUGCUUUACAGUACCAUUGGCAUUAUCAUGGUCGAAGUAUCUAAGAGCAAAGACCGUGCUGGUGAAUUUGUUGAUGACCUCAAGUUUAUCAUUCGUGCUCUUCUCACAAAUGAUGAUAAAGAAGCCAAACGUCGUGAUAUUCUAGGGGUGUGGGAAUACUAUUCAAAGUUAUUACACCCACAUCCGGCCUAUCUCGAACUGUUCAGGGACUGGCUUGUCGAUCGUAUUCCUUACUGGGAGGUCGAGACGACAAACAUCAUUCGUCCUCCCAUCUUGCCCGUCAGACCGAGAGUAUCACCCGUGCCUGCAGGAUCAGGCCCCGAAAACACCCAAUGGAAUCCUUGCGAAAGCGAUUAUCUUGUUUCUGAGACAGCCUCUGGAGAUCAACAACAAAUGUCUGACAAGAUACCGUGUACGAUGCUGAACUGCCGAAUGGUGGGCGAAAUACCAUCCGAUGCUCUUUUCGUUCGUCGAAGCAAGCCGCAAGCUAUCCCUGAGCCUCUUUCAAUCUGGUCUCCCAAUCUGUGUUUACCACCGAGAGACAACCGAGACUCACGUUGUGUCCAGGAACCUAUUCUUCUAGCAGCACUAUUAUUCUUGGACACGCAUUGCAAGAGCCCUGGAAUACUUGGAAGAAAAUUCCCCGAUGUCGACUACCCGCGGUAUCCUCCGGUCUAUCUGACAGAUGAGUUCAUUGCGUUCCACACCAAAAGCACCCCAUACGAAACGUUGGUUCCGCCGAUAGAGGUGUUGAGAAGGUCCGCUAGACGAGUUCCUCCGCGACUUCUGCGAGACCUGAUCUGGUCGUUCCUGGAUACUUUGAAAGCAGAACCCAACGCCCCCAUGUACUCCACAGUCCUGUUUCGCACCUUCGACUUGAUUGAAACUCUUCUCGUCACCGAUAAGCCGCAACUGGCAGUCGACGUCGUUCUUCGAGUCUGGACGGACUUUCCGCACGAGUCUUCCUUUCAUCGCAGAGUGAGCCUCGCCAAGCUAGGACGCACUCUUACCCGCAAUCAGGCCCGUGAUAUGAUGUGGCGGCUUACCGAGUAUGUCUGCGACGCGCUGAAGCAGGCUCAACAUAGUCAAGGCCCGCAACAGAAGACAGAGGGCAAUAAUAGACCAUUCGUCAAAGUCACAACGGCGAAGAUGCUCGCACAGGCCUUGGCGGAGGCGAACUUUCUCGCACAGUGCGAUCAAAUGGCGAUGUUGCAGCGAUUGUUCGAUUCCGCGCGCCACAUCGACAUUCGUCGUGAGGCCGUCGCUGCGCUACUGGAGCUCGUCAGCAACAGUGACAGCCCCGAGCCGUACAAAGUCUUUGCGUCAAUCGCUUCCUCUGUCGCAGGCCCCAACGAGCGGGAGAUGAGCACUGAAGCAGAGUGGGAAGCUGCAGAGAAGGAGGGUCCUCUUCCCUACGUUGGACCAGUUUCCGAACGUCCGAUCCUGGACCUGGUGGUUUCCACUGCCGCGCACAAAAUUCCAGAAGACAUGCGGGUGGGAUAUGUCCAGAGCGUCCUGCUCCCGCUGCUGAAGGAGUCCACCCGUCAGCAUACCCGAUGGAUGGCCGCGAUGAGUUCUAGGCUUGGACCUGGCCUACCUCUUGGCGACCGAGAUCUUGUUGACCACCGAAUCGGACCAUUCGCACCAGACCUGCCGGAUGAGAUCCUCCAAAAAUGGGCAAACUAUCUUCCGUGCUCCUAUCUGUGGCAGUACCAUCGCCCCUGGGCUUUGCCUCGCCUUCAACACGAGUCACUUGUUCUAAUUGAUAAGGCGCUAGCGGUGACAACUGACGUUGCGCUUAAAGAGAUCAAUGUUCAAGAUCAUUGGCAGGCAUUCCUCAAUCAUUUUCGCUCCCGACCUUCUCUCCAUCGUCUGGACUUCCUCCUUGCUCGAUUUGCUGACAAGGGAUCGAAAGCGCCACAGGGGCUUCAAACGUCGCUGAUUUUGGAAGAAUUUAUUGUUCGAGCCGAAGCCAUCGCAAGACAUCCACUAAAAUGGAGCAAGUCCCGCAAGGAAUACAUCGUCUGUCCAGAUUACACACUAGUACCACUGCGCCUCCUCCGAAAGAGCCGGGUGGACUGCGUUAACGCUCUGGCGAACCAUCAUGACAAGGUGGCUGUAUUUGAUAGAAUAUCUGAUGCGAUGAAACGAGUUGUCGAAAUAUGUGAAGCCGUCCGCAAAGAGGCACGUCCAGUCAACGGGUAUCCAGUUACCCUGCCACCUUCUUUCGAAUACGAUAUCCUCCAGCUCCCGUCUCCGAUCUUCUACCCAACCCCGCCCGCCUACGAAGCAAAUCCCCCCUCUGCAGCAGAAGCCUUCACGGAGCACCUCAUCGACUUCAUCAUUUGGCCGUGGUCCUCGGAUCCCAUUUUUCUGCUGAAGCUCAACGACUGUUUGGAACCUGUUCUGCGCGAGAUUCCAGCCGCUGAUUUGAAGAAAUGUAUCUUGCGUCUCGGGAUGGCAGGUGCGGCGAGCAGUGAGGGGCGCAAAUGGGAUGAUAAGGGUGCUGUGUCGUCUGUCAUGGUGAAGUUGGCGCGUUCGUUGUUGGGGCGCUUGUUUUCCGGGUCUGGGUCUGGGUCUAACAGUACCCGGAUGGACUCGGAGAUAUUGGCGAUGAUUGAGGGGUGGAAGAGGAGUGAUCUUGAGUUUGUGAGGCAGGUUGCUUGGGAGUGGGAGUGGCCAUCCAAGUAG